GUGUGCCAAUGCCCUGCAGGCCUUCACCAUCGAGGCUGGUCACUGCUUCCAGCCCUUCAUGGUGUCGUUAAUCCCCCGGCUUCCUAUCACGAGCCUGUGAUCCAUCUAGGGAGCUGCGGCCAUCCACGGACUGGGCUAAGAAGGUGAACUCAAUCGAUCCAUGCUUUAUAUUAUACUCUUCCCAACCUCGCUCUUUCGUCCAAAUGUUUCCCAUUGUGUUGUUGUUGUCCACUCCAUUCUAAAGCCCGUUCCUCUACAAGGGACUUUCCCUCAUUGUCUAUUCAAUCGUUUCCUUUGCUUCCUUUGCUUCCAUUGCCUUUCGUUGCCACAAUGGCUUUUCCACGGUUAGUAGCCGUGCUCUCCUUCCUGUCGCUCGCUUUUCUCAGUACCGCUGCCCCUUCGACAUCGAGGUCACUUAAUGCGCGGUCCGACACCGUCUAUUUCGAAGUCACCCUCACGUGGGAAGACUAUUCACCCAUUGGAGGGACACCCAAGAAGAUGGUUCUUACAAAUGGCACCUUCCCAGGACCCCCGUUGAAGAUGAAGGUCGGCCAAUCCGUGGAAUUCCUGGUUCACAAUGAACUACCCGACCCAACUACGAUCCAUUUCCACGGCAUUGUUCAGCAAGGCACUCCAUGGUCAGAUGGCGUCCCAGGUCUGUCACAGCUUGCAAUCGAACCAGGCACAUCGUUCUUGUACAAGUGGACCGCCGAUGCACCAGGAGUAUACUUCUAUCACUCACACUCUCGCUCGCAGAUGAUGGAUGGGCUGUAUGGUGCCAUCAUUAUUUCUCCAGCAUCUGAAGAUGAUAAGCCAUUCGCCCUGAUCAACAACGAUCCCGCCUACAUCAAGCUAAUGUCAGCGGCGGACGAUGAGCUGCAGCCGAUCUUCAUCUCCGAUUACAACAGAUACACCUCCCAGGAACUCCACGAGCAGGAAGUGAAUGCCAACAUUGAUUUUGCUUGCUCUGACUCGAUCAUCAUCAAUGGUAUGGGCUCACAGUACUGCCUUAGCCGCGAUGAGUUGACUGCCUACACAAACCCCAAAGUCACGGCUCUCUUGGCUUCAGUCAGCCCUUCGCAAAUCACCGACAAAGGCUGCUUACCUCCCAAUCUCCCAGCUACUCAGGGCAACUUUACCUUCCACAUUGAUACUCUUCCGUCUGAUGCUUACUUCACAUGCACUCCAUCCACUGGACCUAUGGCUACAAUUGACGUCGAUCCUGCCAAGGGCUUUGCGGCCUUGACCUUCAUCAACCCGGGCGGAUACGAGCUGCUCAAGUUCACCAUCGACGGACACAGGAUGUGGGUGUAUGCUGUGGAUGGCGGCUAUGUGACCCCAACUCUCGUGGAUCAAGUCGUCGUCAAUAAUGGAGACCGAUACUCUGUGCUCAUCGAGCUCAAUCAGGCUCCGGCCCAGUACUCCAUCCGAGUGGCCAACAACGGUCUCAACCAAGUCAUCAGCGGCUUCGCUGUUCUGAACUAUAAAGGCUCAUAUGGACCCGCGUCCGAAGAUCCCAACGCUCUUGCUACCAUGAACUUUGCCGGGGUCAACUUGACCACCCUCGUGACCUUCAACGACAACCUUGCGUCUCCUUAUCCCCCCUCGCCACCAGCUCCGGAUGCGGACGUUACAUACCAGAUGAAUAUCAAGAAACUUGGGCAACCGGCCGGCGCUUAUCAAUGGACUCUCAGUGGCGUCAACGCCUUUGCCCCAGAGCUGGAAGACCAGACUCCCCUUCUCUUUGAAGAUCCCUCCAACGUCGAAUCCAGCGAUCUCAUCCUCAAGACCAACAGUGGUCAAUGGGUCGACUUGGUUAUCAAAACGCAGGGUCCUCUUGCGCAACCUCACCCGAUGCAUAAGCACUCCAACAAGGCCUACGUUCUCGGCAAAGGAAUCGGAAACUGGACCUGGAAUACUGUCUCUGAAGCCGCCGCUGCUCUGCCGGCUGGCACAUUCAACUUUGCAAACCCACCUCUUCGGGAUGGGUACACUACCACCCCCAACGAAGUCAACAGCACCUGGAUGGUGCUGCGCUAUCAAGUCACGAACCCCGGCGCCUUUCUCUUCCAUUGUCACGUCCAAACACACGUGGCCGGCGGCAUGGCCGUGGCUAUGCUCGAUGGCGUGGACGAUUGGCCAAAGGUGCCCGCCGAAUAUGCUGAUGGCAACGGGAUUGUGUACAGCAAGCUCAAGAAGAAGGGCAAGCUGCACCCCAAAACAUCUUAAAACCCCCUGUGUAUGACCAUGUUGUACGCAUCAUAAUCUUUUAAUUACGGCAUUGUUCUGGAUUGGGGAUUUGCAUUUUGAUACCAAUGAAAGAGGUGCGGUUACGACAGAAGAUAUAUACUUUGUGAGAGGUGUGCCCUAUAUAAUGAGCAGCGCUUUGCGUUUUUGAGGAUCUUCUGCCUUGUAAUCAUUGAAGCGAAAAGUACUAGUGCGUGGAGGACUCGGUACAGUGUGGUUCAUUCAACUCCAUGAAACACUUCUUUUGUGCCCAAAUUCGCACUUUGUGUAGUGAACCUUUCCCUAUCCUAUCCUCUCCUCGCUCCCUGAAUAACAAACAACGUCCUGUUCGCCAAAUGGAGAUCGUCGG